AUGAAAUCGUUAUUUAUUAAUAAAUAUAUUAACAUACUUAUUCUUGCUCUAAUUGUCAACUGUCAACAAGCUUUAUUAGCUGCAUUAUCGUCUGGAAAUAUAGUUUCAUUCUACAAUGCAAAUGAUAAAAUAGUUGUUCUUACAAGUCAAAAUUUUUCUUCAACAGUUUAUCAAUCAAAAAUAGCAUGGCUCAUUGAAUUUUAUGCAAGUUGGUGUGGUCAUUGUCAAUCUUAUGCUAAUACUUAUCGAGAAAUUGCUAUUGACACUUGGACAUGGAAAACGAUUAUUCGUAUUGCCGCAAUAAAUUGUUAUGCAGGAGACAAUAAUGCACUAUGUCGUCAACAUAGCGUCAGAGGCUAUCCGGCUCUGCGAUUCAUACCACCUGAAACUAUUCUUGGUAAUACAUCUAAAGCGAUUGAGAUUUCAGCGACGGAUGCCAAUGUUGUGAAAAAACGACUUAUUAAAGAACUGGAUAAUAUCCCUAAAAAAAACAAAUUAUGGCCACAGUUUACACCUGUCAAUCGAAUUACAUUGGAAGAACUUUAUGCACGUAUUCCAUCAACAGUCAAAAUUCUUUUAGUUAUUGCAGAAAAACGAAAUGAUUUUAUUGGUCGACAUAUAAUGCUUGACUUUUCGAAAUAUCGCGAUCAAUUAGCUAUUUUUCGAACGACUACAGAUGGAAAAUUAUGGCGUAAAUUUAAUGUUAGUAUAACAGAUGUACCUGCUUUAUUUGUUAUCCUUCGAAAUCGAACUGCUCAACGAAUUAAUAUUGAACGAAAUAGCAGUAAUAAUAUUGACAAUCACGAUUUAUUUAAUAAUGCUAUUCGAUCAUACAUUCAACAAACAAAAUAUAUUGAAAAUUUUGAUGAUCGCGAAUUCGAAGAAAUUAUUCUUAGUAAAAAUGCACUUAAAAAUGCUGAAAUGCAACAAAAAUUAGUUCAGAAGAAAAACGUAACAGAUGAAAUUCUUGAUAAAAAUACAAUUUAUCGUAAAGUAAAUAUGGUUGAUCUUGAAUUGGCUUUGUCUUAUAUGUUUCGAGAAGAAGUACCUCAAAUAAAAGAAAUUUACGGUGACGCAUACGAUGCAUUAGUUCAAUGGUUGACUGUACUCACUAAGUAUUUUCCUGGUCGUGAACCAGUUAUGGGUUAUUUUAAACAAUUAUUAUUGAAAGUCAGUGAACAUUCCAAUGGUUUUAGUGGGGAUACAUUUCGAGAAAUAAUUAAUAUGAAGACAUCGAAUGCUUAUUUACCAAAUGAUCAUGCUCAAUAUCAACAUUGUGCAGGAUCUGCACCACAAUAUCGUGGUUAUCCAUGUGCACUUUGGCUUCUUUUUCAUACUCUUACUGUUUCACAAUAUCAAAUAGAAUCAAAUCAAAUCGAUGUUACUGAAGUUCCAUUGGCUAUAAAAAAUUAUAUAAAACAUUUUUUUGGUUGUCGACAAUGUAGUACUAAUUUCAUGAAAGAAACUGCUAAUAUGACACAACUGAACUCACAAAAUAAACGUGAAGCAAUUAUUUAUCUUUGGAAAAUUCACAAUCGUGUUAAUAAACGUUUACGUAAUCAAAUAACUGAAGAUCCAAAACAUCCCAAACUUCAAUUUCCGAGUAAAAAGCUCUGUCCAACAUGUCAAUCAAUGAAUAAGAAGAACAUUUACAAUGAAUAUAUUAUUUCAAAAACAAUUAAUUUUCUUGUUGAAUAUUAUUCAAAAGAAAAUAUUGAUGUAUCAUUAAUAUUAGACAAACCUUAUAAUAAUGAAACGUUAUUAAUUCGACAAGAACGUUUAAUUUCACCUAUAGAAUAUCAUGCUGAAAUAAAAGAAAAUGUCGGAUCUCAUCCAAAAGAUUUCUAA